CCAGCAGAAACUCGACGCCUUAAGCUAUGAGCCGAUGGCUUCGGAUAACUUCACCAUCUUCCGCGUCCCGGCCCACGUCCGGCAGCGCAACAAGCACCUGUACGAGCCCCAAACGGUCGCCAUCGGCCCCUAUGGUGUCGGCCGCGACGUCGAGCCCUCCCUUCGGGCGAUGGAGUGGCUUAAAUGGCGUUACCUCCAGGAAUUCCUCUCUCGCAGCAGCAACUGCACCAUUGACAACUACGUCGACGCGAUCCAGGAAUUGGAGCCUCGGGCGCGGCGGUGCUACUUCGAGCGGGUCGAACUCAGCACCAAGGAGUUUGCAGAGAUGCUGCUUCUCGACGGGUGCUUCAUCAUCGAGUUCCUCAUCAAGUGGAACGGAGGGGAAAACGACGGAGUGCGCGCUGCAGAAUGGAGCUUGCCGCUCAUUCGCGGCGAUUUGCUCUUGCUCGAGAACCAAAUCCCCCUCUUUGUGCUCGAGACAUUGUACGAGCUUCGCACCUUCCAAAUUGACGGCACUGCUGCCCCUCCAAUGAAGGAGCUUCUUGUAAACUACCUGGCGAGCAAAAACCUCGAGAGCCCCGAGGAAGAAGCAGAUAGCUCCAACGAAGAAAUGGAAGGAAAUGACGACCACGGCCUUAUUGUGCGCGGCGAAGCCAAAGAUUUUGAUCACUUGUUCCAUCUCUUCUACCGCUGCUAUGUCACGAAACCGCAAACUGCCCCAACGGGCAGGACCAUCCGCGGUACUAUUCUCAAAUGGUUAAAGCCGAGUAAGAUUUGUGCCUCGCUCCUCUCUUAUCUCCGAUUUAAGAAUGACGAAUUGCAUGCUCCGGCGGCUAAGAUAAGAUUACCGAAUACAAUUCCAUCCGCUACCGUGCUCCUGGAGGCCGGAGUGACAUUUAGGAAGAAGAAUCCUUGUCAUCCUGGUUCCUUCCUAGAUGUCACAUUUCAAGGCGGCGUGCUCGAGAUCCCUUUCCUCUCGGUGAACAACUCCACCUUAUCUCUGUUCACAAACCUCGUGGCCUUCGAGCAGUGCAGCGGGUGUAAGCCGGAGAAGGCUUACAUGACGAGCUAUGUCACGUUCAUGAACUGCAUCAUCGACACGCCAAGAGACGUCGCGAUACUCCACCAGAGUGGAAUCCUCGAGAACCAGCUGGCGAGCGACAUGGAUCUGGCGGUCUUCUUCAACGAGUUCUCCAACUGUCCCCCCAUGUAUUACAAGGAGCACUACCUCGCCGGAUUGUUCCAGGAGCUGCGGGAGUGA